AUGAGUAACAUCGACAUGGACGUUGCGUGGUGCUUGGUAUGUUCUAGACGUACAUCCGAUGUCAACGCCAUCUACUGCUCAUCGGCGUGUAGCGCGCAAGACAAGAUGAACAACCUUAACCAAGCAUCAUCAUCCACCGUCCCUCUCAAAGUCACAUCCGUCGUCCCUCCAAUCAUCUUACAAACAAGACCAACUGCUCCUCGCGCUUCAUUCAAGCUCUCUCGUCCAUCGGUCACUCCCUUAGCACCCAUGCCUAUGGGGCACUCUUUUUCUCCGGACACUCACCAGCCCGUUCCUAGAGAUCGAAGGGCUUAUUCCUUCCCUGUCCAAUCGACCCCUACCAUCCCUGUCCCUCGUAAACGCGAUCACCGUCAAAGCAUGGUCAUGCCUCGUUUCGCUCGCAAGAGUAAUGCAGUCGCCCUCAGUACAGCUACCACUCCUGUCCUCACCGGUAUUCGAGAACAAAGUUCGAGCUCUCGUGGGUUCGGUAAACUUGCUCAAAGAAAAAACGUCAAUCUACCACCAGCUCUAGACUCCGUCUUCUGUUCCACAUCCGAAAGCAGCGACAAUGAACAAACUCCCAACAUUGGCUCACCUUUAUCACUCUCUCUUCCGGCACCACUCACAGGUGGUCACAAUUCCACUCUUCUGUCGAGUGACAACGUACUUAAACCUGAAAUUCAGGUUCAGUCUUCGGUCUCCACCCGUAUCUCCCCAACUCACUUGUCCUCCCACAAAAUAUCUUACAGCCCAGUAGCCGCCCUUCUCGCUUCCUCUGCUUCUUCCCGCAGCAGAGAAGACAUCAUCUCAUGGGCCAAAGCCGUCAAUCUUCGUCCAGACGACUUGUCCACCAGCGAGGAUGAACAUCCGACCGCUCGACCCCGAGGUAGAUCUCGUACGAGGAGAGGCAUGCCGUCGUACGUUCCACCCGACACUUCAGAUGACGUGGAGACACCUGGUCUGGGGACUACUCCAAAAGGGAGGAUUGGUUCUGCGCUUGCCGGGUUGAGCAGCAUUAGUGGAUUCAGUGUGGCACCGUUGGUCAAGGCUCUGACGAGCGUGACUGGUACUAGCAUUGUAGGGAAUGCCACCAUGGUCCCCGCAACCGGCCCGUCGACUCUCAGUUUCCUUCACUCUGUCCCUGCUCCGGCAGCAGUGUCACGAGUGGCAGCUUUGGGAACUCCAUCAUCAUCCGAAAUACCCGCCAUGCCCGCCUACUUCAUCGGUGGUGCUACUCCUACCCUGUCGACCGUGUCUUUCUCAGAGAUAGACGACCCUUCAGUCUCGACCGAUCCCAUUGAGCAACUUGAUACGAUCACCGACGAUCAAUCUGCCUACUCUAGCGGAUUUUCUCGACGUUUCUCUGCCUCAUCAAAAGCGAAACCUUCGACCUUCACUACCAAAACAUCACAAAAGCCAUUGAUAUCAAUCCGACCGCAAGGUUACCGACCGCUCAGUCUGUUGAACACUAUUGCAUAUUUGCGUUCCAUAACACCCUUCUCCAUCGGCGCAGUAUCUCCCUCUCAACCUCAGAUCCCUUCCCGUGAUUCGUCUGAGUCGAUUACUCCGCCGGUCACUGCUCAGGCUAAUCCAUCUCCACCCCCUCCUAUCCCAGUGUCGCUCAAUCCCAAUGCAUUGGACGUUAUCAACCCCACUCAACCAAUCGUACGAAGUCUUCCCAUGAAUAUCGUUCUUCCUCCCGGUGGUCAAUCGCAACAAGACAUAGAAGAGAGAAAAAGAGAACGUGAAGUCCGAGAAUGGUUGGCAAGGUCUGGUCGACGUCCCCGUUCACCUCGUGAAGAUCUGAAGGAUAUUCCCUCUACCUCAUCAUCACCUCGUCCACGGGAAAGACAGAAUUCUGGUGGUCACGAACGAUACGAAUCAUAUGAUGGUGAUGCGAGCGAUGAGGGGGAACAACCUAGAGGUAGAAGUAGGAAAGGAAAGUCUGUCGAGGAAGGAGAUGAGAGUGGGGGCAGGGGAAGGGAUAGAACUGUCAAAGCUCGUUAG